AUGCCCUCCAGAGACAAAGAACUCGAGAUCCGCAUAAUAGACCUCGAAGAAGCCACAUGGCGUGCCCUCCAAAAAACCGGCGAGGGCAUGAUCCCCUUCAUAACUGACGACUGUAUAAUGCAAUUCCCCCUCGGCAUGAAAGUGACCUCGCGCUCAGAACCAUCCGUCCACGAAAUCCUGCGCUCCCCGGCCUUUAUCCCUUGGAAGUCCUUUGAGCUGUCCAAAAUCGACGUGCAGCCUUUGGGCAAGGACGCGGCGAUUGUGAGUUAUCUUGCAAGAGCGACGCGGCCGGCGCAGGAUCCGGAGGAUAAGGAUACGGCGUUUGAGGCGCUGUGCUCGAGCGUUUGGAGGUGGGAUGGGGAAAAAUUCGCUCUGUGUUUUCACCAGCAGACGCUUACGGAGUGA